AAAUACAUUAUAAAUAGUUAUUUUCUCUCUACAGGACAAUCCUUCCUUCACACACGCUGUGUUUGACUUGGAACCUUCCCAUUUUUACUCUUCUCAGUUGACGUAGCAGGGUUUUAGAGCAGCAUUUGUAAAUUUCCAGCAUGGAGAUCUCCUCUCAUCAGUCUCAGCUCCUGCAACAACUGAAUGAGCAGCGCCGGCAGGACGUGUUCUGUGAUUGCAGUAUUCUCGUGGAAGGGAAGGUCUUCAAAGCACAUCGAAAUGUGCUAUUUGCUAGUAGCGGCUACUUUAAAAUGCUUCUUUCCCAGAAUUCAAAGGAGACAAGUCAGCCAACCACAGCUACGUUUCAGGCUUUCUCCCCGGACACUUUUACCGUCAUCCUAGACUUUGUCUAUUCCGGCAAACUCUCGCUGACCGGUCAGAAUGUCAUAGAAGUGAUGUCAGCUGCUAGCUUCCUCCAGAUGACUGAUGUCAUUAGUGUCUGUAAGACCUUCAUUAAAUCUUCGUUAGACAUCAGUGAGAAAGAGAAAGACCGCUACUUCAGUCUCUCCGAUAAAGGUGCCAGUUCUAAUGGCAUAGAACGUUCCUCUUUUUAUAGCGGUGGCUGGCAAGAGGGGAGCAGUUCUCCACGCUCUCACCUAAGCCCAGACCAAGGAACAGGUGUAAUAAGCGGGAAAUCUUGGAAUAAGUAUAAUUACCAUCCAACUUCCCAAAGGAAUACUCAGCAACCCUUGGCCAAGCAAGAGCCACGGAAAGAGCCCGUUAAAAAGCCCAGACAUUUGAGGUUGUCACAGCCUUCUGAAAGUGCUCAUUGUAAGGCAAGCAAGCGAGAAGCACGGACAUCUGAUCCUUCCAGCCACACUUCCCAGUCUGAAGAGCACGCACACAUUGAUGCUGAAAUGGACUCUGCUGCUGUUGGCUAUCAGUACGGUCAAGGCUCUGACGUCACCUCAAGAAGUUUCCCAGAUGAUUUGCCCAGGAUGAGAUUCAAGUGCCCAUACUGCACACAUGUGGUGAAGCGGAAAGCCGACCUAAAGCGCCACCUUCGUUGUCACACAGGAGAACGGCCCUACCCAUGUCAAGCUUGUGGGAAGAGAUUUAGCAGGCUGGACCACCUAAGUAGCCAUUUUCGAACAAUUCACCAGGCAUGCAAACUAAUCUGCAGAAAAUGCAAACGCCAUGUGACUGAUCUAACAGGUCAAGUGGUCCAGGAGGGAACCCGGCGCUACAGACUCUGUAAUGAGUGCCUUGCUGAAGUUGGCAUAGACAGCCUCCCCAUUGAUCUGGAAGCUGAACAGCAUCUUAGGUCCCCAUCGGAUGGCGAUAAGGAUUCCAGGUGGCGUUUGAGUGAAGAAGAGAAUAGGUCAUAUGUGGAGAUUGUAGAGGAUGGGUCUGCCGAUCUGGUCAUACAACAAGUUGAUGAUAGUGAAGAAGAAGAAGAAAAGGAAAUAAAGCCCAACAUUAGGUAGCUGUAAUGUGCACCAACAGAGCUGGCAUGUCUGCAACUGACAUCGACUUCCUGUAUCUCUCUCUUUUCCAUGGUCAGAGACUGAUUAACAAAUUGUCAGACUGACUUAAAAGUAAUGGCCUACUAUAACUUGCAUGCUUUCUGAACAGGCCAUUGUAUCCAUUCUGAACUUUGUUGCCCUAAAACAUGUUGCUGCACUGGAAAGAAAGACCUAGCUUGAGUUGGCAUGACAGAUGAACAGUUAAUCGUCUUACUUUUAUUACAGAGAUGCCUUUUUUCUUUUAAUAUUGGAAGAUCUACUUAGCAAACGUUUUUCAAAUAAAAUAUUUUUUAAAAUAUUUUUAUUGGUUUCAGAGAGGAAG